ACACAUGACAUACACUUGUUCUUGUUAUUCUUGUGUCCCUUUCGAAUUUCAUGCUUUCCACCUGACACUUUCUUCCUUGCCAAACAUAAUUCUUCCAACUCUCUCCUACACACUAUAUGCAUGUAUAGAAGCAGACAUUAAUCCGGUGAUUGUGUUUAAAGAAGUAAAAAACUCAAUAUUUUCAAUGACAAGCAUUUUGUUUCUUAGUCCACUCUUCUUCAUUUUCUUUUUCUGCUUGAUUUUUUCUGCAGUUGUUUCUUUUGCUUAUGAAGCUCGCAAUCCUGAAGUUGAGAAUUUGAUUAGUAUAAGAAGUGGACUGAAAGACCCACAUGGAGCUCUAAGCAACUGGGACGAAGACUCUGUUGACCCGUGUAGCUGGUCUAUGAUUACUUGUUCACCUGAUAAUACUGUCACUGCAUUUGGUGCUCCCAGCCAAGGUUUAUCCGGAAAUUUGUCAGGCAGAAUAGCUAAUCUUACAAACCUUAGACAAGUGCUGCUGCAGAACAAUAGUAUCACUGGGGAAAUUCCACCAGGACUUGGCAAUCUUCGGAACCUUCAAACACUGGAUUUAUCCAAUAACAAGUUCUUUGGUUCCAUACCCGAUUCAUUGGGAUUGUUGAAUGAUCUUCAAUAUUUGAGACUAAACAACAACAGCUUGUCAGGAGCUAUACCCCAGACAAUUUUAACCAAACUUACUUUCUUUAGGGACUUGUCAUUCAACAAUCUCAGUGGACCUGUUGCCAAAUUUCCUGCCACAGCAUUCAAUUUUGCGGGUAAUCCUUUGAUUUGUGGAAGACUUUCCCCCAGAAAUUGUUUCGGAUCAGCCCCUUAUCCUCUUUCGUUCUCCCUUCAAUCAUCUUCUGGUAAAAGCAAAUCCAAGAGACUGGCAAUUUCACUUGGCCUAAGCUCUGGCUUUAUUUCUCUUACCUUCUUAGCGCUUGGGAUACUCUUGUGGCAAAGAAGCAAGAAGAGAAAAAACAGCAUCUUAAUUGAUGACAUGCAAGAAGAGAUUUUGUCAAGCUUAGGAAACCUUAGAAGUUUCACAUUUAAAGAACUAUACCAUGCAACAAACAGUUAUAGCUCCAAGAGCAUUGUUGGUGUUGGGGGUUUUGGCAAUGUCUAUAAAGGAAAACUUGAAGAUGGCACUGUAGUGGCUGUAAAGAGAUUGAAAGACGUUAGUGGGAAAACAGGGGAAUUACAGUUUCAAACUGAAUUGAAGAUGAUAAGCCUGGCUGUUCAUCGAAAUUUGCUACGUUUGAUUGGAUACUGUGCUACUCCAAAUGAGAGGCUUCUGGUGUAUCCCUACAUGAGUAACGGUAGUGUGGCAUUAAGGCUUAGAGGAAAACCGACACUAGAUUGGAAUGCUAGAAAGAAAAUUGCUGUUGGAACUGCAAGAGGCCUCCUAUAUUUACAUGAGCAAUGUGAUCCAAAGAUAAUCCACCGAGAUGUAAAGGCAGCUAAUGUUCUUCUUGACGAGUUUGGUGAAGCUGUUGUUGGCGACUUUGGCCUUGCAAAGCUCCUUAAUCAUGCUGACUCCCAUGUUACAACUGCAGUUCGGGGCACAGUUGGACACAUUGCCCCUGAGUACCUCUCCACCGGUCAGUCAUCUGAGAAAACCGAUGUGUUUGGUUUUGGUAUACUUUUGGUAGAGCUCAUAACUGGACUGAGAACUCUUCAACUUGAGAAGACAGUUAAUCAGAAAGGAGUUAUGCUUGACUGGAUCAAGAAAGCAAAUGAGGAGAAAAAAGUUGAAGUUUUAGUAGACAAAGAACUAGGGAGCAACUAUGACAGAAUCGAGGUGAGUGAAAUGCUGCAAGUAGCUCUACUUUGCACCCAAUACCUUCCAUCCCACCGCCCUAAGAUGUCCGAAGUGGUCCGGAUGCUCGAAGGCGAUGGGCUGGCUGAAAAAUGGGCAGCCUCCCACAACAACAUAAAUUGCAAGUCAACCUUCUCUCAUUCAAAAAGAACUCAGUCACACCUUGGCACAUAUUCUAAACACGAGGGUCAUGAUCAUGACACAUCAAGUAGUUUUAGGAUGAUUAUGAUGGAUGAUGAUCAUGAUACUUAUGCCAUGGAGCUCUCUGGUCCAAGAUAACAUAAGAUCAAGAAUCUAAACACAAUUAGUAGAAAAGAAUACGUUCUACGGAAAAAGAAUGCAAAGAAAAGGUUUAAUUCUUUUCUAGGCCCCAAAAUUGUUUAACUUCUGUUGCUGAGUGCCCAAAUUUGAUCUUGUAAGGUUCAAGCUGUACUUAAAGUCAAAUUACAUCUCAAUGUCAAUGUAAGUUUAGCAUUCUUCUGA